UGGAGCAGAAACAGCUGAUGAAAACAACGUCGCACAAGAUAGAGCAAAGUACAUCUGCUUUGGGAAACACCCACUACCUCAAUAUGCUAUCAAAUAUUUCUAGUUUACUAAAUGAGAUGUAUUUAACUUGCCUGUGAUAUUAAUAAUGGCCGACAAAAGCCAUGUCAGUGAGGAGGUUUCUUCUCUUAAAGCAGAUAUAAUUUAUCUAUUGAUGAGGAAAAAAUAUCAUGUAUCCUGUAAUAUAAGGGUUCAAUGGUAUUUAGAUCACCUGAACACAUAUGUUACCACACCUCCACCAUCAAUAUCUCAAGACUUUGAAAAUGAAGAUAAAGAUCUUACUGUUGUGUCAGUUUUGCCUCUGGAGCCACCAAGUGACUGGCUUCCAGAGGUCAGUCAUUGCUACCGUUACCUUGUUACACCUCAGUCAUCUAUUGUGUUCCUCACCCACCGAUAUAGAUUUGCAUUUUGUUUAGAUAUGAGUCCAUCAGUUUCAGCUGUGGAUACUCAACAUGGUGAAGUCAUGUCUGAUGAGACUUUACUGUCAUUUAGGAGAAGUGUAGAAGGCAUGGUUCAACCGUUUACAAUACCUGGGUCCUGUGUAAAGUUUCAACCAGAAAUUUAUGUGACAGUCAUAGCACAUACACCAUUUUUCGCCACACCUGCCCAACAGGUUUUAGUUCAAGGUUGGAGAGUUACACCCCAAAAUGUCAAGAACCUCUUGUCGUGUGUUGAAUCCCAAUUAGUAAUGCUGGAAGAUGUUGUGGCAGAUGUGACAAGGUCUGCUCAUGAGCAAUUGGAUGCCUUAAGAGCAGAAUCUGAGCGCCUUGUGGGAGAUCUUUUUGAAGAGGAGCAAUCAGAAAGUCAGGCACCAUCAAUAAUUGCUGGUAAUAUACCCAUGGUUAGCCCAGAUGCUGGUUUUAUUAAUAUGCUACGAUAUGGACUUCUGGCACUUAGAUUAUUACCUGAUUGCAGCUCUUCCAAUUUAGUUGUACUGACCGAUGGUGUAAUAGCAACACCUGAUGUGAAAGUACUUGAUUCAGUUGUUACUCAGUUACGUGCAAAUGCAGUUGCCUGCUCAUUUAUUCAACUUGGGAGCAGAUUUCAUCCCCACUGUUGUGCAGGCUUGAUUCCUUACAGGGAUCUGUUACAGUAUCUUGCUGGUGCAACACAGGGCUCAUAUGUCACCAACCCAGGAGAACUGAAAUCUGAACUUAUGAGUAUGAAUUUCUAUCACAAAGCUUUUCUCACAUGGUCCUUCAGACGACCUAGUUAUGAGUUUAGCAAUCCAUUGCCCCAAGAAGGAGAAUGGAAUGUGAGUAACCACCUCUUUUAUGGACGUCACGAACCUCAACUGUUGUCCAAGAAACAAGCUGAAGACAAACUUAACAUUUCACUUCACAGUCUUCUAUGUUGUAGAUUGCAUCAAGGAUACACUGUCAAAGGUGUAUGCAUGAAAGAUGGACAAGUUGAAUUAAAUUUGGUUCAAGCUUGGAAUUCUCACAUAUAUCUUGACUAUAAAGUGACUUCACCAUGGCCAGGUGGUUACCCUGUUCACUACUCACUAUCUAUUCAAGCACCAUAUGAGUUUCUUCAUGACAUUACAUGUCUAUUGAAAAAACCUCUUGGAUCGCCAUAUCGGCAACUAGUUGUUACUCGAUUUUGGCAUACUCUGAAAAUUCUUGGCCAGUCAGAUCAAUUACUUGUUCACUUGCACUCUCUUGGAUCUGCUGCAUCAACACCACCAGAUGUUGUGAGGAGUGGAAUGCCUCUCUUCUACCCUCCCUCAUUAGCUGUUCCCUCAGCAUUGCCUGUUCUUGCAUCCAGUGAGUCAAGCUGUCAGCAGUUUGCUACAUUUUGGCGCCCAUUAACCAUGUUAGAUCCAGCAAUGUGGCAAAGGUGGCUUCACACUCACAACUUAGUACUUCUACUACGUCAUGAUAUCCCUUUACCACAGUAUCUACAUUUACCUAAUAAUAGUGGUCGCUAUCAGGUUGUACAAUGUCGCCAUGCUGCUCUUUCUCUAUAUGCAUUACUAAAAGACUGGAGCUCCUUUGUACUGAUUGAUAAUCAUUCCUAUGUGAAAUUUGUUCAAGGGGUUCCUCGAGAUCCAUCCUCUUCUUGGUUUUUCCUCAUAAGAGCUACCUCAAAGCCUCCAUGUGUGGUUGUCCAGCUUGCAUUUCUUGGUGGGACAUCAGCAGAACUGAGAUACCAGAUGGUUGAACAGCUUUCUGAAAAAAUCCAACAGCUCACUUUUCCUCAGAGGCCUUUGUCAAAUACCAGCUUAAGUUGCUGUCUGUCACUUCACAAACCUGUUGACAAAAUUCUUAUCCGGUAUGAACGCAUGCCGUCUGCAUUAGACACUGUAGUUUUCCCUGACGGAACUCAGCCAGCAAUGGCUGCUCACUGGGGCAACACAGUCACGGCCGGGGCUGGUUCACUCCUCACUACCCUCUCCCGAUAUCUUUAUCAUCGGCGCUGGGUAUGGGCUGCUCAAAGCAGCCCCCACUUCCCUCUCGGGCAAGAUGCCAUUGCCAGGAUUCUUGCCACACUCACUAAAACAAGACUGAAAGAAGGGUUCUGUUUUGCUCAUUCUACUGCUGGUAUCAUCAAUAUGGUCUUAGAAGUUGAAAUGAUCCAACAAGAAGGUGGAGAUGAGAAAAAUCCGCCUCAGUUCUGUGUUGUGCAAUACGUCCUUUUUCCUCCUCAUCUUGCAAACACCAGUCUGAAAGAUAGUGGUUCUGAAGAUGAAGGGGUUGAUGAUGCUGACGCAAAUGAAGAGGGGGAGAUGCAAUUGGUGAUGGAGUGUUGGGUAGAGCCACAACAUGGGAAAGUCACCAACUCUCCUACUCAACGUUCUUACAUGAAUGGUCUACCAUACUUCCGAAUUGCUGAUGCUAUAUGCCAAGUGGAUGCUCAGUGCAUAUCAUCUUUACUGACAAUGGAGCAUGUACGCCUUAUGUGUGAGCAGGGACAUGUACAACCCCCACAAUCCUGUGAUGCUGCACAAAUACUUUCAGAAUUUCCAAGAGGCGCAGCGGUAUGGGCAGAGCCUAGAAUUCAGUGCCUUCCUUUUGCUUUUAAUCUUACUAGCCUACUUCCUCUCUGCCAACAAGCUGAACUUCUUUUUUCCAUGUACAUUCAAGAUUUAGCAAAUGGGAGCUCUGCACGAACAGGCAGUGAAGCUGUUGAACAGAACCCUGAUGCUCCUAAUCAAAUGAUGUUAAAUAUCAUGCUGGAUCAAUUAUCAGUGCUGCAUGACCGAGAGCUGCCUUUAAGUGAAGAAGACUCAGAAAGAUUUAUGCACCACAUAAGAAACCGUAACAGGCCACUAUCUGCCCCAGCUUUGCCUAUUCCUGAUAAAUGUGGCAGGGGGAAUUGGCGCUGUUUUGUGCGAAGGACAAGCCCCAACAGAGUUCUUCUGACAAUAGUGCCAGCAAGCUUUGCUGAUCUCAAGGCAAUCAUGGUUCCUAAUCUCAACUUUGAGCAGCUCCGUGGAAUAAAACUAGUCACCCCACGGAAUGACACUUUUGCAGGCGAUGUCUUCAACGGCGUCCCGACCGAGGCGCACCCUGAUUCACUGGAGGCGCUUGGAACGCCCCUGGGUACGCCCCUGCCGACGGGUACGCCCGCCACCCCGCACACGCCCCACAUCCAGCAGGCCACUCCCCAGGCCACGCCCAGCCCUCACACCCCGUCCACCUGCGACCCCUCCUCGUCCUUCCUGUUGAACCACUUCUCCCGGCGGCUGCGCACCAGUCACCAGGACGUGGGCGCGUCCUCCUCCCUGGACUCGCCCUUCCGCAUGCGCGCCGCGUCCUGGGACCCCAAGCCGUCCAGGGCGUCGACGGGGCCGUCCCUGGCCUCGCUGGCGAGCUCGGCGAAGAGGCCGCGCACCAGCUCCAUGGGGGCCAAGGCGAAGCCGUGCAGGCUGAGCCUGGGCACGCCGGGCAUGAGUCCCGCGAUGAGCCCGAGCCCCAGCCCGAGCCCCAGCCAGGCUGCCCACGCCAGCGCGGCGACCACCGCCAGCACGAGCACCACGACCGAGUCGUCCCCGCUGGCCUGCCCCUCGGGCGCCACCACCACGCCCGGGAUCCCGGUGCCGCGCACCGCGACGCCCAGCAAGCACCGCGGCGAGUGGGACCGGGCGUCCUACGAACGCUCCAUGAGCUGCGAGGCCUCGGUGUUCAGGACGCGCACCCAGUCCAUGGACUCUAAGAACAAGCACUACUCUUCCAGUCAGAACCAGGUCUUUGUCCGGAAGGACGGUAGUGACGGAGGGCUAGGCCUGCACCGCAACCGCUCUAGCUCCAUCGACCUCAAGCUCAAGCUGCCCACGCGCAGGCGCACCAUCUCGAGCCAGGCGUCCUACACGCUCGGCUCACCCAACCCGGACGUGACGCCUACCAAGACCUUCUCCAUGCCGGUGCCGGGCUGCGGGCAACGCGUCGAGGGCUCCAUCACGCUGCCCGUGUACGUGUUCGACUGCCCGCUGACGCCCUCCCCGGAGGCGGAGCUCGACGUCCCCGCCGACAUCUUCGAGGACCGCACCUUCAAGUGGGACUGGCCAACGGGGAAGUCUACGCCCACCAUCACCACGGCGUCUGCGCUGAGCCGUCUCUCCGGGAGGGAGUCUGCGGAGCGCGCGGCGACCCCUCCGGAGGACGACAAGGAGGCUGAGAAAGGCGACGUCCUCGCGGACACCUCCGGGCCCGCCAGCCUGGACAGCACGGCGCCGGGGGCGAGCCAGACUGGUCCGGCCGCCCCGCCCAGCCAGUCGGCGCUGCAGCAGAUGGGGCGCGCGCUCAGCCUGGCGUACAGUCGCUGCUUCGUGCUCGCCCUAUUCGAGUCGCUGCAGAGCGGGCUGCACGUGCACGCCGUGGACGUGCAGCAGGCCGUGGACGAGUGCGAGGAGGCGCUGGUCGAGGUGGACAUCACCCGCUUCCUGCACACGGUCUGCGGCCACCUCAACGGCGGCGGCCCCACGCGCUGCCACGACCUCAAACUCUUGCACCGCCUCAUCAAGGACAAGUUCCGCACCAUCCUGCACGCCGCGUUCCGCCCCGUGACGACGCACCCCGAGUUCCACUACUGCGUGCCGGCGGGCGCCGGGCCGGGCUGGGACCACAAGCGGAUGCCCGGCGGCACCAUGCCGCUGCACGUGCCCCUGUCGGCGCUGCACAUCCCGCUGCACGUCCCCCAGGACCCGCUGAGCGGGCCGCUGCUGCAGCUGGCCGGCUGGGACGGCGUGCUCAUGCCGGGCAUCCUCAACACCCCGGACGACGCGCACACCUCGCUGCUCUCCAACAUGGACUCCAACUCGAUGAGCGAGGUGGUGGACGACACCCAGCUCCCCGAGGAGGUGUCCCCGCUGUUCCUGCACCUCGUGUGCUCGGUGCACGCGCACGGCGAUAUGGCCAGCUACGCCACUCGCGCGCUCCCGACCUGCGUCACCGAGCUGGCGCGCGGGCUGGACGACAACGUGGGUGCCAGCGCGGCCAACAGCUCGGGCGCGGGGGUGGGGACCACGAGCGCGCUCCUAGCCAGCCAGGGCUGCCAGGUGACUUUGGACAUCCUCUGCCUAACGCUGACCCGCGAGCCCGAGUCUCUGUCGCUCACCGAGCAGCCGCAGGCGGUGCCGCCGCAGCCGUCCGCCCAGACACCCCAGCAGCAGCUCGCGGUGCCCACCCCGCCGCAGCUGCAGCAGCAGCUGUCCAACCAGAGCUCGUGCUCCAUGGACGAGCGCCUGUCGGUGGACCAGCUGGCUCACCUGCCCGAGCACCAGCAGCGCGCCGUCAACAAGCUGGUGCACGAACUGCGCUGGCUCAUGCGGGACGAGGUGGCGGCGUGCGCGCUGGACGAGUGGCCCGUGACGGAAGCCACCCUCUCCAUGGUGGCGGAGCACAUCUCGUCCUCGCUGGGACGCUCCACCUGCCUGCUGGAGACGGUGCCGCUGCACUUUGUCUACGAGACGGGCAAGUGCCUCGAGAAGUUCCUUGAGGCGCUGGUCGACCUCCGCGUCAACGGCUACCGCCUGCAGUCCGAGGGCGUCGCCACGUUCUAUAUGGUGAAGGACGCCAGUGUGGUCGUCGACACCUGUGAGACCCCGUGCGACCCGUCCGAGGCCGGGUGGGAGCCGGGCGAGGGCGAGGUAGACGCGGCGAGCACCCCGAUCAUGCCCCGGGUGGCCACGGAGAGCACGAUCGAGCAGUCCACGGAUGGGUCCGCCUCCACUCACGACAACUUCCAAGGAGGGCCGCCGGGUGCGCACGGGGAGGAGACCCCCCUGGGCCACCUGGGUCACCUGGGCUCCCUCUCCGGUCUCAACCCGGACAGCGACCUCUGCAACUGGAGCGAGGCCGCGGCCAGGAACAGCGAGGUGUCCAGCCUCCUAGAGAGCGCGUUGGGCACCGAAGACGGCUACGAUGGAGGUAGCAGUGAUUCUGCUCAAGACUGCGCCUGGCUACUAGAGCUUGAGCGUAGUCGAGACAAGUUACCUAAUUUUUGGAUCAUCUUGCGAGUUGAGGGAGAUCUAGUCUAUGUCUAUUUCCACUGCAGAUUUUUGGAUAUGGAAACAGAAGAGGUUUCCUCCUAUAGGGCUGUGUUUACUGGUGUGUUGGAACAAUUGCGGAGACUGUGUAUUCGUGUGAACCAAACACUCCUUCUGUCCACAUUAAACGACACAUUUUUGUGUGAUGCUCUAUUGGAGCCAGAACAAGCAGAUGACAGUUGGACUGGAGGUGAUGUUGUUCUAAAUCGACUUAAGUCUCUGGAAGACAAUCGUGAGACCGACCAAGCUACAUCUGAAUCUCUAUCUGCCAGUGGAAGAACCAUUGCAAAGUUUGAACCUGGUCACUUCUCGUGCGGUGUAGUGUGGGAAACCAAUUUUAUGCUGCACCAUCGACUGAAGACUGGCCCUGGAAAGGGGGGUCUGUCGAGGGGGAUACAGGCCCUUCGCAAUGUCCUCAACCGACUCAGCGUCACAAACAGAAGAAACAUGUUUGUUUACAAGGACAAGCAGGGCAACGUCUUCUACUUACGACUGCACGAGAACCAGCGCGGCCUGGCCAAGAUGAGCGCGCCGUGCAUGGUGAACCUGGGGACGGGCCUGGGGCCGAUGGGGUCGCUGACGGGCUCCGUCGGGCCGUACACGCUCCACGGCUACACCGGGGAGAGCUCGCCCUGCUCCGUGUCGCGGAGCUCGUCCACCGCGUCGCUCAACACCUCCCGCCGGCUGCACCCGCUGCCGCACGCCGCCGAGGACGUGGCCUCCGUGUCGUCCAUCUCGGGCGACGUCCACAGCCACAGCCAGGCACUGCGGCCGCGGGUGCGCUCGUUCGGCGAGAAGGAUGUGACCCCGCUCAGCUCGUCCGGCGAGGGCCGCUGGAGCCUGGCGCCGUCGCUGCACGGCCACGGCCACCACGCGCACGCCCCGGUGCGCGAGGACUACAUCACGCUCCGCGUGCACGGCAUCUCGGACGCGGGCGGCGACGUGCGCCAGGAUCUGAUGCAGGUGCUGCAGAACAGGCUCGACGUGGCCGUGCUGGACGUGCUGUCCGUGAUGCUGGCGCGCAACCCCAUGUGCAAGCUGGCGCCCGAGGACGUGCACUUCAUCCAGCGGCCCAACCAGCCGCCCGAGACCAGCGUGCAGUUCUCCGUGCCUGCACACGCCGAGCUCCACGUGCAGGCCCUGGCCUACUACCUGCAUCAAGACCUGCUCCACUUCGUCCACCAGCCCAAGUACACGGAGCCCAUGCCCAGCGGGCACUUCCAGGACUACUCGCAGCCGCCAGACUCGCCGUCGCACAUCCCCGAGGGCUACCUGUACCUGUACAACCAGAACGCCACGGCCACCGGCAGCCGCGGCAUCGCCUGCCUCGCCAUGGGCGUGAUGGACCGCGCCGGGCACCUGAUGCUGCGCAGCAGCCCCUUCCGCCGGCCGCAGCUGUGGGCGCACGCCGAGGCGCCGCUGCCCGAGCACUUCCAGGACCUGACCACCGUCCGGAGGUACUGGCCCGACGCGCCCGCGCCCGCGCACCCGUGCGGCGCGGCGCCCGCGGCCCCCGACGCGGAGCUGGACUCGGCCGCCCGGGUCGAGUUCCGCAUCUGGCAGCAGGGCCGCGUCAACAUGGAGGCCCUGGUGGCCAAACUGGAGAGCGCGGUGAAGCACGCCGUGUGGGACCUGCUGACCGAGUUCACCAUCCUCACGGCGCCCAUCGAGGAGGCGGGCACGCCCGCACCCACCCCUGUGCUCACCCCCAACUCCACGCCGUCCACUACCCCGAACCCCAACUCGUUCUCUUUGGCUCUCUCUCUUUCAACCCCUCAGCCAGUGAACUAUGCCUCACGGUCUCAGUUGCACCCUGUGUACCACAAAUCAAUGCAGCCCUGGCUGGAGUAUGCUGUAGAACUGGGUGUAGCAUCAGUGCGGAAACACAAUGUCCAGCUAGCCUCACGGCACUCCCUGGGGGUUGCCGUGCAGGAGCUGGAGUCACUUAUAACAACACAUGCCAAAGAUACAAGAACAGCAGUUUUUGCUGAGGAAAUUGAUUCUAAUGGAGGAGUGAUGUACAGGCAAUGGCGCUGGAAUGAUGAAUGUAAUUUUCUCCCAACACGAUGCCUUUUGCUAACUCGCAAUACAUCUCAGUGGCGUUGCUUUGUAGCUGACCCAAGAGGACCUCCAUCUAAAGCAGAUGCAAAGGUUGCUAACAAAGGUCUGCAGAAGUUUUUACCUCUUCUUGGCACUACUCCUCAAGACCACCGUUUUGUGCCCAGGCAACGGUUCCUGCUAACUGUUGUCACUAGCAAAGAUAUGGCUAUUCUCACCUACAACUGGUCCAAAGAAUGUGUAGAGAGUUUAAAUUACCAAACUACACUGUUGGGGCACUGGUUAAGUGCCCGAUCAGGCUUACUGACCAGCAUAAUUUGUCAAAAGAUGGGGUUGUUCCACAACCAGCCAUGUUUGCGAACAUCUGACAACAAGAGUAACCCCUACCUCACUAAGGUGGGCGACUUGGACAUGCUGACCAAGUUUCCGCGGAAGGAAUCGCUGGGUCCUUCUGGGGGUAGCGGGGGCGCCCGGCGGAGCGGCGGCUGGAGUGGCAACAGCGGCACGUCGACGCCCACCUCGCCGCACCCGGCCCAGCAGGCGCAGCAGGCGCAGCAGACCGGCAAGGAUCCCGGACAGCAGGGCCUGCCGCUGCAGGCGCUGCAGCACGUGUUCCGGGACCGCAGGGCCGCCCCGCUCAAGAGCGGCCCGGGCGACCUGGUGGUGCGGCACGCCCGGCAGAUGCUGGCCACCCGGCACCUGGACAAGGACGCCGACCACCAGCGCAAGCUCAACAGCCUGUGGCAGAACCGCGGCGGCGCCACGCCCAACAUCCCCCUGGCGCCGGACGUGCUGCAGCUGUUUCUGCAGCACGCGCGCACCAUCCACUACUGCCUGACGCCGCUGCUGUUCCUGCCGCGCUGGAGGGUCGACUCGGCCGCCACGCGCGACCACUCGCUAAGCGUGAGCCCGCCCACGGGGGGCGUUGGGGCGGCGGGGCCGGGCGCGCUGCGCUCCACGCCGCGGUCCACGCCGCGCACCACGCCGCGGGGCACGCCCGCCAAGGAGCGGCGCGGCAGCAGCGCGAGCAUGAGCCUGGGCGCGCGCGAGCACGACCGCUGGCACGCCACGCUGUGCGCGCACUUCGUGCACGAGUACCAGCAGUACCUGCAGACGCUGGGCUUCAUCCCGGUGCACACCGAGCCCAGCGCGCAGUCCCUGGCGGGCGGGCCGGGCACGGCGCCGCGCCGCCGCCAGAGCCACUUCCUGCAGAAGUCCCUGCUGGGCGGCGUGCUCAUGGUGGAGCUGCUGCUCGCCGAGCCCUUCUUCCACUCGCGCCUGCACGCGCUCGAGUGCUCCCGCAUGCAGACCAAGUCCCCGGCCUUCAUCUCGCAGUUCACCGUCAGCUUCCUGGACGAGUGCGACAAGGUGAAGGUGCUGCUGCACCUGCACUCGUUUGCCUACGACUACCACCUGCGCACCCUCCACGGCUGUGUGACCUCCCCUGGUCCUGGGAUCGGCCCCCUCAUCGGGCCGGGCAUCGGGCCCGGGGGUAGCCUCUUGCCGCCAGGCUACCACCUCACCUUGUUCCUGGACGACUUCCUCAAGUACUACUCGAAGGCGCCGAACUUCGCUCGCAACCUGGUGCAUGCUGACACCGUGGUGGUGUCGGACAUCGCCACCCCCGGCGUGCAGCUCUUCAGCUACCUGCUGCAGAACGACAAAGCGUACGGAAUGGAGGUGUUCCGGAUGGCGCCCGUCACUUACGACGAGCACGACCAGGACUCGUGCAGCGUCCACAUGCAGAGCGAGUUUGUGCUCGUCCAGCACAAGACCACCCCGCACCUGUCGUACCGAGACGUACACGACCUCAAGCAGACCGACGACUUCGACGUGACGCUCAUUGUGACGCACGACCCGAGUCCCGAGCUGCCAGACCAGAACCAGCUCAAGCUCAAGUACUUCAUCGUGCUGACCAGCCGGCGGGAGCUCUACCCGAAGGCGGAAGUGGAGCGGAAGCAGGGCAAGUUCCGCACCGUGUCGACGGCCAACGUCCCGGGCAACGCCGUGUCCCUCCCGGCCUCUACGCCGCCCCCCGGGCCGCCGCCGCCCCCCGGGCCGCUGCCGGCCCCCACCACCAUCACCGCCCAGGUUGCCGUGCCAGUCGCGCUGCCCCCUGUGGCCAUCGCGACCGCGGUGCCGGCCGCGCCCCCCAUCAUCGCGCCCAUCAUCAACACCAUCACGGACUCGAACGGCUCCAUGCACAGCGCCUCGCCGUCGGCGCCCUCUACACCAGCCGCACCCAACGCUCCCGUUCUCCUAGAAGUGGUCACCCAGGACGUCCCCGGGGCACUGACGAUCGACAGACUGCCCUCACCUGCCUCUGAGGCCACACCAGACCUGUGUUCUGUUCUAGUCUCGCUCGAGUCGCACUCAAGCUCUGUGCCAGAACUCCCCAACACAUUGCCGAUUUCCACAGAGUCAGAGUCGUUCAAUAGUGAUUCCGGCGGUCAACUUAGUUCAAGUCACCACGUGGAAAUUAGGCAAGAAGCAGUGAAUUACUUGGGGUACUAUUCAUCUCAUGAACAGCUGAUGGGGCAACUGAUUCACCAACAAGCAGCUACCGCCCGCAAUCAUAUUGUCUCCAUGGUCACUCAAGGUGCAAUGCACUGUCGAACACACAUGUUGUGGACUCGUCUAAUGUGUCCUGCCGUGUCUAACAUACGCUCCAACCCUAGAGACCACCAGCAGGGUCAGAGUCUGAGCUUCAGUGAGUUUCGUGAGUUGGUACGCUUGGCUGAAGUGGAACCACUUUCCCGCCUGGAUCCAAGACUGAAACCUUUACUAGCUCAACCACUUACUUGGUAUCAGGGUCUAGCUCGAGUGCUGUUAUCCAAAUAUUCUGACCACAACCGCCAAUUUUUUGCUCCUGAUAGCAGUGCUCACCACAUUGUAAUAUUACACCCUCGAUACCCAGAUGCAUUUGUCAUGUUAUCUCUUGAUAACCAUACUGCCAGAGGGGAUCUAGCUGUUGUCUACAGAAUGCCUCCAGAAGCUUUAAGUGAAAGGAAAGAUAGACGGCCAAGUGCUGCUAUUAAACCAUGCUCCGCAGAAGAAAUACAUCCUCUAGUAGAGGGCCUUGUUAAUGCUUGUUGCUUCCAUUUGUGGUCUAGCUUGUUGUAACAAAUACUGGUUAUUGAAUGCUGUGAAGAAUGUAAAUCCUUAUUAUUGCGGUCCCUCUUACUAUGAAUUAUUAUUUGAGAGAAAAAAAGCUACAUACGCUUGAAGUGGAGUAAUUGAUUGAACAAUAUUCCAGUUUCAACGCAAUUAUUCCGUGAUUCAAAUGGUAUCGAACUAAUGAGUAUUUACGUUAUAUUUAAUGGUGUUGUCCUCUUAUGAAAUGUGAUGAAAUUGUUACUUGUUUCUUCAUAUUGCUGUUGCAUUGUUGCCUUUUUAGUUGAACAAGACCCCAAUAGUCAAUGUUAGUAGUGUGGGUCAAUGUGAUGUUGUUGCUCAUUGUAAAUUUUCCUUAAUGGGCUUGUUACUUUUCAAAUUUUAUUUUAUUUUCGUCAUUGCAUGCUCAGUUUAAUUUCAGUCCUUGUAUAUUGUAUCCUGUAGGUAAUUUAUGUCUUCUA